CUUGCGUUAACUUCCACCUUGACCUCCACCCCCACCGAUUCUGCCCAGCCCGUUCACAAUGGUCGCCACCACCACAGCGAAGAAGGCCGCCGCGCCCCGCAAGCCAGCUGCUCACCCCACUUUCCUGGCGAUGAUCCAGGAAUGCAUUCGUGCCAACCCGGAGGACGCCCGCUCUGGCGUGUCGCGGCCUACGAUCAAGAAGUACCUUGCCACUCAGUACAAGCUUGACCUCUCUUCCGCUGCGAACGUAAACAACCUUUCGAACGCGAUCAAGCGUGGUGCCGACACUGGUGUCCUCGUCCUUCCCAAGGGCAUCGGCGGCAAGGUCAAGCUCGCUGCCAAGCCCAAGAAGGCCCCUGCUGCGCCUGCUGCCACGUCCACUGGCAAGGAGAAUGUAGCCCCCAAGAAGGCCGCUGCACCUAAGAAGAAGGCUGUGUCUACCACCACCAAGAAGCCCUCUGCACCCAAGCCCGCAGCUGCGAAGAAGACCUCUACCGCUUCCGCAACCAAGAAGGCUCCAGCUGCGAAGAAGACGUCGGCACCGAAGAAGGCCCCUGCUGCCAAGGCUAAGGCCGCCCCGGCGAAGAAGGCUGCCGCACCGAAGAAGGCUGCUACCAAGGCCAAGGCCACCGCCGCCGCCAAGUAAGCGUCCUAUGACCUUGCUGGGAUCGGUAUCCGGGCCUUCAGUGUGUGUACCAUCAUUGUAGAGCGACAGCCCCUUCCCACGUCUUCGCCGUCCCUCUUCUUACUUCGCCAUCUUCGUUUUCGCUCUCCUUUGUAGCCCGGCGCUUGGCGCCCAUAGUUAUCGAUGCAG